UAUAUUUAGAUCCAUGUAAAGGCCUUGUUCCUGGUAAUCGUGUGUGUAAAGCUGGCUGCUUGCUACCCCAACGGGAAAGUAAUGGAAUCAUGUGAAGACAUGACCCCUAGUCAUCAUCACUCCUCCAGCCCUAAACCCCCUCCAUACAACAUCACCGUGGAUAAGAGCGUAUUAACUUCUGGAGAUCGGAUUAAAGUGACCAUAUCCACACUCCUCUCAGAUAGGACCGCGUACUUCACAGGCUUCCUCAUCCAAGUCCGAGAUGCUGCUAAUCCUAAUUCGGGACCUGUAGGGUCUUUUACUCUCCUCAGUCCUGACAUCUCACAGCUUCUUUCGUGUAACCACGUAAAGGCAUCUGCUGUGAGUCACACCAGUAAAGUUCAUAAGAAAGAAGUUCAGGUUAUUUGGAACGCGCCACAGGACCCUCUGCCCAGUGUCCAGUUUCUAGUGACUGUGGUUCAGGAAUAUGAAUUAUUUUGGGUGAAGGUUCCAGGUCCCGUCUUGUCUCAGAAUGGCGUGUCUCCACCUCCAUCGAUACCUACUUCUGCAGCUCAGACGACUACGGCUUCGGCGCGUCUGACCCGCCCUUUCACCUCAGAAGGCUGUGGAACUGGGAAGUCCUGCCUGAGAGAUCCAGCAGGCUGUAAUCCGGAGACCGAUGCUCUCUGUUACUUCCUGUCCUUUAGAAAAGAGGAGCAGAGUGUGGUGUUCGAGCUCAGCGGGCCAGCGGCGGGUUAUGUUUCCUUCGCCUUAUCCACUGAUAAAUGGAUGGGGAAUGAUGACGUCUACAUGUGUAUCAGUGACACCAAAGACGUUGACAUCAGCGCUGCUUAUGUGGAGGGCAGAACACAUCCAGUAAUGGCUUCUCAGAACGUUUUGAGAGACACAGCAUGGCGGCUCGCUGAUGGUGUCAUCCAGUGCAGCUUCCGCAGAUCUAUAAACAUCCCGGCCCCUGAUGAACACAGAUUUGACCUGGAUCAGAUGUUUUACCUCUUCCUGGCUGACGGUCGAUCUGAUAACGGCAGGACGCAUAGACAUGACCGUCAGCCCCUCAUUUCAACAAACCAAGUACUUAUUACUGGAUCUUCAGAGGAUCUGAGUGGCUCUCGCUCUCCGUUACUCAUCAAAUUUCAUGGUGCGUUCAUGCUGAUUGGCUGGAUGAUGACGGUCAGCACUGGAGUCCUAAUAGCCAGAUACUUUAAACCUGACUGGCCUGAUACGACUCUGUGUGGACAGAGAGUUUGGUUUCAGUUUCACCGCGGUUUGAUGUUGCUGACGGUGCUUCUGACCUGCAUUGGCUUCAUACUGCCGUUCUUAUACCGGGGAGGCUGGAGCAAGCGUGCAGGCUCACACCCGUACCUGGGCUGUACCGUCAUGGUUCUGGCUGUUAUUCAACCCAUGAUGGCUCUGUUCAGACCUGCUCCAGAUUCUUCCAGGAGGUACAUUUUCAACUGGCUCCAUUUGGGUUUGGGCACUGUGGCGCAGGUGCUUGCUGUGGUGGCCAUCUUCCUGGGCACCCAUCAGCAGGCACUGCUGCUCCCCGCCCCCUGGACCACGGCGUUCCUGGCUGUCUGUGUUGUCUGGUUUGUGCUGGCUGACCUGACGCUGGAGGUGCACAGAAGAGCUCUUUUCCCCACAGGGCGAUUUUUCAAAAACUUUAAAGUCUACACCGAACACAUUAAAUCUGAAGACAAGGAGGAGAUUCUGAUUGUUCAGUCCGACAGUGACUGCCAAUUCAAGGGCUUGUGUUUUAAGAAGAUUGUUCUGAUGGUCUAUUUGUGUGGAAACUUCGUGUUUAUUGCUGUUCUUUUGGCCACCAUCGGUGGGGUGUGAGAGGAAGAGAUAAAGAACCCCCCCAAAAAACAACAAGUGCCUUAUGAAAAUCCGCUUCAGGUUCUGUGUCAUAUGCCAAGCGCAAUACUGAAAAGAAUAGAGGUCACUUUAUGGAUGACCCAGACGAGAGGACGUCCCAAAAACUGACUGACACACACUUAAUGAGUUUGGAUUACUGAAUUACGAGAUAUGCAAACAUCACAUAUGCAAUGAUCACAUUUGUUUGAUUUUGUAAUACCUGGUCUAGAUUUUUAGAUUUUUAUACUAUUUUUACAUCCAUAAGAAAUGAUCAUGAGAUAAUACACUGAUAAGGCAUAACAUUAUGACCACCUUCCUAAUACUGUGUUGGUCCCCCUUUUGCUGCUCUGUGUAUUCUGACACCUUUCUAUCAGAACCAGCAUGAACUUCUUCAGCAGUUUGAGCUACAGUAGCUCGUCUGUUGGAUCGGACCAAUGAGCCUUGGCUGCCCAUGACCCUGUCGCCGGUUUACCACUGUUCCUUCCUUGGACCACUUUUGAUAGAUACUGACCACUGCAGACCAGGAACACCCCACAAGAGCUGCACUUUUGGAGAUGCUCUGACCCAGUCAUCUAGCCAUCACAAUCUGGCUCUCGUCAAACUCGCUCAGAUCCUCACGCUCGCCCAUUUUUCCUGCUUCUAACAUCAACUUUGAGGAUAAAAUGAUAAAAUGUCACCACUAACAGGUGCCGUGAUGAAGAGAUAAUCAGUGUUAUUCACGUCACCUGUCAGUGCUCAGAAUGUUAUGCCUGGUCGGUGUAAUUGUGCCUAGGGAAGCCUAAAACAUAAAGUUCAUUGCAUCGUUAUCAGAUUUACUGUGUCAUCAUGACCUAAAGCAGCAAACAUAAAAGUUUAUUGACCUGUCACUUGUUACAGUCACACCGAACAGUCCGGGGCGGGCACCAGGUUUUUCAAACGUUAUCUACUACAGCUUUAUGAUAUGUUUGUUUAACAUAAAAUUAAUGUUUUAUUUAGUCUAAGCAAAAAACAAGUAUUUUAUUUAGUUUAAGACUAGAAUGUUCUGAGUUAGGGGUAUGUGUGAAUACAAAUGUUAGUUUAGAGCAUAGUCAGAAUAAAAUGAUAAUUUAAUCACUUUUGCUUUGGUUAUUUUAGAUACCUUGAGUUUUAAUAUUCGUUUAUGUUUAGUAUAAAUUUUAAAGUGUAAACCACCGCUCUAUCCUGGUCAGACAUGCUGCAGGUCCGGUUCUAUUGGGACACACCGAGUUCCCUGGACAGGGCACCAAUUCAUUGCAGGGCUUCGGCCACCUUCCACAAUCGAUCAGUAAUUCCACAAUCGAUCAGUCAUCUCUAUAAGACAGCGUAUUAGAGCCACUGUAAAAAAAUAUAUUUAGAUUUUGAUUUCUAGAAUAAAGUGGAAAUAUUGUGGCCAGAGAGUGUGCAGGCGUUGUAGGCUUGUCAGUUCAGAGACGCACGGGUCUCAGUACCUGGAUGGCAGCCUCCAAUGCGAUAACCCAUGAUUAUUUUGAGUCGUUGUUUGUAUUGUACGCUUUCAUCCACAUGACAUGACGACUAAACCCGUCAAUGCAACCAUUUAUAGCGAUGUCAUACGGCUUUAGUUUAUCGUACGAGUUCAUAAGGCUCGGUUGUAGUACUGGCGACGACGCACGUUCUUCUAAAUAAACACAGUUCAUUACAAAGCUGUUUCAGCGUCCUUACACUAAUAACAAACUGGUGCUGAUGUGCAGGAGAUCGAGGUUCUUUAUUUAUGAAACCGAUACGAAAGUAUAACUUUACCAAGUCAUGAACAAGUGGCGCCAUCGUAUUCUACCUUUCUGUCUCGUCAUUUUUGUUUUUAAACGUAUAUUUGUUUAUGCUGGUAAAGGAUGUAUGCACUGAAAGUAAAGAUGACUUGAGCUGUUUUUUUCAAUUUUAUAAUAAAUUGUUUGUAAAUGUAUGUAUUAAUAGAUACGAUAAUUUAAAUGAUCAUUUCUGUGAAUAACUGGUGCUACUGAUUAAAUCAUAGAUUGAAAAAUGA